AUGUUGCUCAAGCCUGCGACACCCCUCACCAUCUUGCUGCUGAUCGCAUUUGCGCUUUUGCUACUCUCAUGUCUUUCAACUCCUAUUGUCACGGGAAUUCCUCUAGCAACUUUCAAAGAUGUCGACUAUGGUGUCUUUGGAUAUUGCAAGGGUGAUACCUGUACAAAUAUCCAUGUGGGAUACACGAGCAAUGAUAUAAGUAGCACCGGCGAUGAUUUCAAUCUCCCUUCCGGUACUCGAAAGUCACUAUCCGCGAUCCUCAUCAUUCACCCAGUCGCCGCCUUCUUAACCCUCAUCUGCCUCUGCCUGGCGAUCGCGGCCCACUUCCAUGCGCCCUCCCACUCGCCGCGGUUCCUGUUGGCGCUCCUCAUAUUGUUGCUACCAACACUCCUCGUGACUCUGCUCGCAUUCCUCGUCGAUAUCUUGCUCUUUGUGCCACACCUAGGAUGGGGUGGUUGGAUUGUGCUGGUCGCGACCAUCAUCCUCACCUCUUGCGGAGUCGUCACAUGCGCCAUGCGCCGAACCCUUGUCAGCAGGAAGGCAAGGAAGCGCCGGAUCGCGGAAAAUGCUGAGAUGAGCGGAGAGAACUAUUACAACCGACAGAAUGGCACUGCGGCUGUGGAUACGGCCCCUGUUCCGGCUCCCGUCGAACCCAAGGAAGCCUUUGUGUCGAACUCUCUCAACUCUGAUUCGGGCCCAACAUUCGCAUCCUUCCAGACCGAUACACGCGAUAGUGAUGACGAUCGCACGCCUCUCAACUCGCGGGCACCAACGAGCGAUAUCCCUGCCCCCCCGGACCAUCGCGGUGCCCCCUAUGGCGCUGCGCAUGAUGAAUUUGCCAACAUCCCGCCUCAGGGACCGAGCCCGUACGGUGCUGGUCCAGUGUCACGGAAUCCCUCCGAUCCGCGCAUUCGUCCCCAAUAUUCCGACGGUAGCAUGGGCUCUCGAAGAGCAGGAGCGCCGCCUGGCUUCAACGGACGCGGGCGAGGUGGAUAUCCUCCUCGAGGUGGACGCGGAGGACCUUACAUGGGACCUCCUCGCGGUCCUUCCCCCGGCUCCCGGGGUGGCUACAUGGGGCCAAUGCCAGGCCGUGGAGGUCGCGGUGGAAUGAUGCCACCUCGAGGACCCCCAGUCGGCUAUGGGCCCGGUCCUGGCGGCCCCAACCCCGGUUUGGACGGAUAUGGCCGAUCUGUGUCGCCUCAUAUAGACGACCUUCGUAACUAUGGACCGCCGGGUCAGAUGCGACAGCCAUCUCCCGGGCCCAUUGGCAUGGCCGUGUCACCGGAGCCGGUAGGUCAAGCCAUUGAGAUGACUCCGCAACAUCGGACGCAGUACGAUAUGCCUGAGUCGACCCAGGCACCAAUGAGCAGCGUACCACAAACGCUCUCAGCUGAAAUCAACGGCCCCGUCCCUGAAAGCCCGACAAGCAUGUAUAGUCGACCUGGCUCCUACAUUCCUCCUCGCUCAGGCUGGAGUGCAAAUGAUCCUCGCACGUCCCCGCGACCGCCGGGGCAAUCUCUGCAACCUAACAACAGCGGACCCAACUACUAUGAAGACGUGGAUCCCCGUUUCGCUCGUCGACCAUCGCCCCCCAAUGACUUUGCUAUCCCCCCCUCUCUGACACCUGGAGCUGGAGCUGCUCGCUUCUAA